UCCGUGGGAAGUUGCUAAAUGUUUCAUGCCACCUGACGGAUACACAGAUGCGAUGAAUGCAGCAGACACUGAUUUCAAUGGAAUCACCAGUGUUGUCCUGAACUAUGAAGCAUUUCAAACGAAAAUUCACGACGACCUUUCCAAACCGUACAACAUCUUUGAACAGGGUAGGGAGGUAGGCAGAGCAGUUCGACAUUGCCCACAAUUAGAGAUGGAAGAUACAGAUCUACAACACUAUUUUAGUGUCUUACAGAAUCUGCUGUCAGAUCCUGCAUAUCUGUCUGCUAAUACUGCUGCGCAGAAUGCUAAAACGAAAUUAUUACAGCUUCAAAAUGAUACCUUAGUCAUUGGAAAAGACGACGUCCUUAAUGUGCUGGAUGAUGUUCGUAAAACAGUUCAAGAUGCUAAAAGCAAGAAGUUACAACUUAUCAAACUUACAAAAAAGCAUAUCAGUGAUAUUGUCAAACGUGGAAAAGUGUCAAUGUCUCAGUUAGAUAAAGCCUAUAAAUCUGCAAUGGAUGACAUAGAAAAACAAAGAAAGAAAUCGAUUGAAGACGUCCAAGCUGAAGGAGAAAAACAAAAAGAAGAUAUAGUUGCAGAAGGACAUAUUGUGAAGAGACAGUUAGUAGAUGUGGCUGAUCAAGGAGUAAAAAGGUUGACUAGAGAGACCACUGCUGGAAUUAAUACGAUGGAAGCGGAAGCCAAUACUCAGGUGAAAACAAUUGCAUCAAAAGCUGGUAAAGCUGUAAAACAAAUAGCGGGAGCCAGAGACGAAGGGGUGAAAGGAAUGAGAACAGAGGCACUUACUCGAAUGGAACACCUAAAAGAAUAUGCUGAGGAAGGGGUUAACAAGUUAGAAGUUGAAGCCAAAGCUGGAGUAACUAAGAUUAAUUUAGAAACUGAUGAAGCAUUAAAGCAGAUUGAGAAAUCAAAAGCAGAAAGCAAAGAAGAUACAUACAACAAAUUUAAAAAGGGUAAGUGUAAUUUCUUUAUAACCUCCAGUACUUAAACAUGAAGCAUGGGAUAUACCAUUAUAAACAUAAUCUGAUAUUUCAGUAAGCCGGUUCAAUCUUACUUAACCAAAUCAAUUACUGGCUCAUUUAUUUAUUUAUUUUGUUGUGUUUAACGUCGCACCGACACAAUUUUAUGUCAUAUGGCGACUUUCCAGCUUUAAUGGUGGAGGAAAACCCCAGGUACCCCUCCGUGCACAAUUUCAUCACGAGCGGACACCUGGGUAGAACCACCGACCUUCCGUAAGCCAGCUGGAUGGCUUCCUCAUGUGAAGAAUUCUACACCCCAAAAUGAGGUUUCGAACCCACAUCGAUGAGGGGCAAAUGGUUUAAAGUC